GAGCUGAGGAGGUGCUUGGCGUUGCUCCGGGUCCUCCCCUCUCCUUGAGGCCUGUAAGAGGUUGGCCCUGCCCUUGCGGCCUCCUGCAGAAUGUGGAUGAUGCCCAAAAGAAGCAAGAUGGAAGUCGAGGAAUCUGUAGUUUUCCGGCCUGAGUGGACACAGCGUUACUUGGUGGUGGAGCCUCCGGAUGGCGACGGGGCCCUGUGCCUGGUCUGUCGCCGCCUCGUCGUAGCUACCCGCGAACGCGACGUCAGGCGCCACUACGAGGCCGAGCACGAAUACUACGAGCGGUAUGUGGCAGAGGGCGAGCGAGCGGCCCUGGUGGAGCGUCUGCGUCAGGGGGAUUUGCCGGUGGACGCCCCGCUCACUCCUGAGGAGAGAGCUGUUCGUGCAGGUUUCGGGCUCUGUCGCUUCUUGGCCUUGAAGGGUCGCGGCUGGGGUGAGGGAGAUUUCGUAUACGAUUGCAUGGAGGUUUUGCUGAGAGAGGUACUGCCCGAGCACGUAGGCCACCUGCAAGGCAUCGAUUUAACUCCAGAGACCACAAGGCGGAGGAUCCUGAGCAUUGAUAGGAAUCUACGCAGUCAGCUUUUUAACCGAGCCAAGGACUUUAAAGCCUAUUCUCUUGCCUUGGACGACCAGGCUUUUGUGGCCUAUGAGAAUUAUCUCCUAGUCUUUAUCCGCGGCGUGGGCCCUGGUUUGGAGGUGCAAGAAGACCUUCUGACCAUAAUUAACCUGACUCAUCACUUCAGUGUUGGUGCGCUCAUGUCGGCAAUCCUAGAGGCCCUGCAGAGAGCAGGGCUUAGCUUGCAGCGAAUGGUUGGACUGACCACCACCCACACUUUGAGGAUGAUUGGUGAGAACUCAGGACUGGUCUCAUACAUGAGAGAAAAGGCCGUAAGCCCCAACUGUUGGAAUGUUAUCCAUUAUUCAGGAUUUCUUCACUUGGAACUGUUGAGUUCCUAUGAUGUAGAUAUUAAUCAGAUCAUAAAUACCAUAUCCGAAUGGAUAGUUUUGAUUAAGACCAGAGGCGUUCGGCGACCCGAAUUUCAGAUUUUAUUAACUGAAUCUGAAUCAGAGCAUGGCGAAAGGGUUAAUGGACGAUGUCUGAACAAUUGGCUUAGAAGAGGGAAAACUUUAAAACUAAUAUUUUCACUAAGAAAAGAAAUAGAAGCAUUCUUGAUUUCGGUAGGGGCAGCAGCAAUCCAGUUCACAGACAAACAGUGGCUUUGUGACUUUGGCUUCUUGGUGGAUAUUAUGGAACACCUUCAAGAACUCAGUAAAGAACUGCAAGUUAGUAAAGUCUUUGCUGCUGCUGCCUUUGACCAUAUUUGCACUUUUGAAGUUAAGCUGAGUUUAUUUCAGAGGCAUAUGGAGGAAAAAAAUCUAACACACUUUCCUGCCUUCAGAGAAGUUGUUGAUGAGCUUAAACAGCAAUUUAAGGAAGAUAAAAAAAUAUUUGAUCCUGACAGGUAUCAAAUGGUUAUCUGUCGUCUACAGAAAGAAUUUGAGAGACAUUAUAAGGACCUGAGAUUCAUUAAAAAGGACUUAGAACUUUUUGCAAAUCCCUUUAACUUUAAACCGGAAUAUGCACCUAUAUCAGUAAGAGUAGAGCUAACAAAGCUUCAAGCAAACACUAGCCUUUGGAAUGAAUACAGAAUAAAGGACUUGGGGCAGUUCUAUGCUGGAUUGUCUGCCGAAUCUUACCCAAUUAUUAAAGGGGUUGCCUAUAAGGUGGCAUCCUUGUUUGAUAGUAACCAAAUCUGUGAAAAGGCUUUUUCGUAUUUGACUCGAAACCAGCACACUUUGAGCCAGCCGUUGACAGAUGAGCAUCUCCAAGCCCUUUUUCGGAUUGCCACAACUGAAAUGGAGCCUCGCUGGGAUGAUCUUGUGAGAGGAAGAAAUGAGUCUAAUCCAUAAGCCUUUGCAGUACAACAUUGAAAAACUCAACAAGAAUUCAAUUUUAAAAGCAAAAAUUGGUUUGAUUUUUCAAGUUUAUUAAUUUGGAUUGUGGGAAAGCACUAAGUUUAUUACAAGCUGUCCAAAUUGAUCACAAUUUAAAUCCUUGUGACGGUUGCCUUUGUUUCAUCUAAAAUGGCAGCGUGGGACUGAAACAUGAGAACACCACCUUUUGAAAACUUAAUGACAAAGUCAUUGUCUUUUACUUUUGUGAUUGAUUUGAAAGUUUAGUGUUGAUAAUGUGAGUUGAAUUAGAAGUCUGUUUUUAAGUUGUUCUGAAGAUAUAUGCCAAAAAUGUUAGUUAUUUUAAUGAAAUGUUAAAAUUCUGAUACAUAUAGUUUGAAAUUAUCAACUCUUUAGAUGUUUAUUUGAACCAAUUUACAGAAAUUCACGUAGCAAGUUCUUAAGUUUCUGAAGAGGAAGAAUGUAUAUACAGUGGAGGUAUUUUGUCUAACUAUCAAAAUGUUUGUUUGAAACUAUUUUUUUUUUAACAUUUCUGAGUCUGAAGUAAAUAUUGAUACAUUUCCUCCCUCUCACCCCCCCCUCCAGUGAUAUUGAUAUUAUUAAUAGAGGAACUAAUCAUAUAAAACUUUAGUCAGAGGAGCAAGAAUUAUUAAGUUGCUGACUUAGGAGGCUUCCUGCAAUUUGGAGUUAAGACUAACCAAUUAUUGGAGGUUUCCCCUCAAUUUUUCAGAACUGGGGGCUGUUCUAUCAGGUUGCCUAUUAAAGGACUAUGGUAAGUAUGAAAUAUUGAUGGUUGCCAGUUAGUAACUCUAUUUCUAUUCUAGACAGAAGUUUGGUCCUGGCAAAAAGGGUGAGGAUAAAAGGCUUUUGCAUUCUAGGAUCAGGAGGUUUGAGAUAUUUUAGCUUGUUUGUCCUAUCUGCAUGGGUGUUAAUGCUUUAUAAAGAAAUCCAGCUUAAAGGAAACACUUUAUUUUAAAAUGAUAUAGUAUCAGAUUCUGUUAGAUGCUAGAAAUGGAUUUAUUCUAGAAUUUGAGACUGUCCCACACAUUCUGUAUCAAAGACAGUGCACAAGUAGAAAUAUUUAACUCUCAAGAAGCAGCCUUAUUCACAGAUUGUAGUAAUUCUGUAUUUUUAGUAAGACAUCUGCCUGUGCUAAAGCAGUAAUUUUCAAAUUUAUGUUAACUGUGAAAAGGCGAUCUUAAAGUAAAAUUUAAUAUGUAAAACUGAUUUAAAAGCAGGACCCAACUUACAGAUCCUCUCAAGUACAAUAUGAAAACUGUUGUGCUAAAUCCUAUUUUAGUUAUUGCAACUCAUUAUUCUGUGGUCACUAACCCAACAAAUUCAAGGAACCAGCAUACAACCAAGAAUUUAGAAGGAACUGGUGCCCGAGCAAUCAAAAUAGAUGCCACAAGAGCCUAAGAACCAAAGUUGUGUCAGUGGUUCCCAGCCGGAGGCAAUAACCCCUCAUUCCAGAGGAUAUUGGCAAAUGUAUAGAAGCAUUUUUUUUAGUUGUCUUGUUUACUGGAGGCUUCUGCUGGCAUUUAAGCCUGAAGAUCUCUGCCUCCUGGAGUGUAGGGAACAGCCUGGCAUGAUGAUGAAUUAUCCCUUCCAAAGUGCCAGUAGACCCCCAGUGUAGAUUGUUGUAUUUCAAAGGACAGGGCAAAUUACUAGUAGAAGCAAAAUUAGGAGGGCAAGUUGGGCAAACUGACUACUUGAUGAGGAGACUAAUUCCAACAUUCCAAGUUUUCCUGGUAAGGUGCAAUAAAGGCAUUGAUAGGUUCCAGUAGCUCAAAAUAGCAUUUAUCAAUCAGUUACUGAUACUGAGUCAGAUUAAAGGGCUCUAUCCUAUUAUACAUAAUUGGGACAGAAGAACAAGCAUUAUAUGUUGACAAGAUACUUAUCAAGAAUGGUCGAGUUGAGAUUUUGGUUAACAGAGUAAGCUAACUAUCUGGAAAAACAACAGUGAAAAACUGAAAAAAACAAAGUAUCUACCAGUAAUUUCCCAAUAGGUUUGAGAAUUCUAUUUCAUGGCAAAUGUUUUAUUACUUGAGAGAAAGAUUGGAAGACCUGAAAGCUGCUUCUGCUUUCUAACCUCAGUUUCUCAAAUAUUGAAAUCUUGUACAUUUUGUGAAGUUCCAGUAUGUUUUGCUUUAAGGUGAUAAUAAAAUUAGUUUGCAUCAUAUAGUUACUGAGUGAAGGGGGGAGAUUUAAGAUAAGGAUUUUAAAUUGACCCUCAGCAAUAUAGAAUUUGCUAUAAACUAGUCUUGUUUGUUAAAAAAAAAAAAAGUGUACUUUACUGUUUUCUGUAUUAAGUAAUUCUGUAACUGCAUGGCAGGGUUUUUUUGUUGUUUUUUUGUUUUUGUUUUUUAUAAAUAUUAUAGUUGUUACUGGUCCUGUUGUAUCAGUGAAAAUGGUUAAAAUAAGUACCAUUUAAAAAACUA